CCCCAUCAGUGCAAAGAUUUGGUUGAUUUUAAGACAAAAUGACAAAAUCACGCRUCUGCUGGUAGUUUGGGAUUAAAAAUGAGAUAAAUUCGUUUCAUUUCUUGUGAAUUKUUUUGAGUGCAUGAAGAGGGAAAGUGAAUCUGCCUUCUGCUCAAACUAAAACUUGAAACCUAAAUAUUUUCCUUUUGUUUGCGUGCAGAAGGGGGAGCGCGCGUGACCCCCAUCAAUCUGCCACGAGCCAAAGUGUGACAAAAGCAUUAUCACAUCAAUGCGCCAUUCAGCCGCAGCCAAUCAGCGCGCGCCGCUUUCUCUGCGCCGCACGAGCUGCGGGGCUAUAAGAGCAGCUGUGAAGCCGCUCCGCUCCAAACGCUCUUCCUCCUCCUGGAAUAUCCUCAUCCUCACCGGCUGCAUCAUGACUUUUGAAGAGGUUCUGAUCCAGAAGCCCGCCGAGCGCGCUCAGUGCGCAGGCGCAGCCCUGGAAGAAGUUCUGGUCUCGGCUAAAGACAACCAGUCUCUCACCGUGGGAGUCUACGAGUGCGCCAAAGUCAUGAACCUAGACCCGGACAGCGUGUCGUUCUGCGUCCUGGCCACAGACGAGCAGUUCGAGUGGGACGUGGCCCUGCAGAUCCACUUCACCCUCAUCCAGUCCUUCUGCUUCGACAACGACAUCAGCAUCGUCAGAGUCAGCGACACGCAGCGUCUKGCCGACAUCGUCGGAGACGAGCAGGAAGACGCGCACUGCGUCCUGAUUACGGUACGACCAGGGGCGGAASGACGGGGUGGGCUCAGGGGGGCUGCGGCCCAUCAAUAAUACAUUAAUGUUCUGAUAAAUACAAAUAAAACAGGAAAAACUUACAGGAUAUAUUUAAUUUUUACACUUAAAAAGUGUGAC